AUGUAAAAUAAAUACAAAAAGGUUUAAGACAUUUUCAUUGAUAUGGAUAAAAAAUGCCUUUUAGAAUAAAAUAAAUAUGAAACUCGAUUGGGUUUGUGUGAAAUUGAUGGGCAUAAGAAACACGCGGUUAUUAAAAUUUUAGGAAAUGAUAAUUAACCUGAAAGUUUAAGAUUAAUAGAAGCUAUUAGAAAUAUGUCAACUAAAACCUAAAUUUUUAAAGGGAAUCCAUAUAUAGUAGAAUGCUAUUCUCGUUAAAGGACUUAAACUACCUUCUAUUUUGCUUUCAAAAAAUGCAAAUAAAAUAUAAUGUAAGCAACUUUGGAUUUUUAUGAAAUUUUGCAUAUGUUAGCAUCAAUAAUUUAAUUACUAAAGUUAUUUUAAUAGAAAGGUGAGUUUCAUGGUAAUUUAAAACCUACCAAUAUUUUUUAAUAAAAAAAACUAAAUUCAACUAUUUGUUUUUCAACAACAGAUUUUUUUCCAUUUCAAUAUUCAAACAGAAUAUAAGAUGAAUUUAUAGAUCCUGAACUUGAUAAGGAAAGGCCUUCAAUAGCCAAUGAUAUAUAUUCAUUAGGAAAAAUUUGUAAUUUUGUUAUAAAAAACAGAAAAUGCCCUUAUCAAAAUUUAAUCAAUCAAAUGGUUUGUGUUAAAUAGGAGAGAAUAAAAUUAGAUCAAUUAGAAUUAUAGGUUGAAAUUUUGAUUGAAAAAUAUGAAUAAAAAAGUUUGCGUAUGGAAUUAAAUUAGAAAGGUAUAACAGAAGAAGUAAUCUAGAAAAUUAUUAUCUAAUAAGUAGAAGAAUAAAAAAAAAAAUAAUAAGAAUAAAUAAAGUUUUAAGAUUUUGAAUUAAAUCAAAUUGAAGAUCGAGAUUUAAACAUGAGAGAUCGAGGAUAUUUUUUUUAUUUAAUGUCAUAGGAAAUUCGUAGUGUUUAAACAAUAGAUUAGUUUUUAUUAGAUUGUUUAAUAUUAACAUGUCUUUCAGAAUCCUUUAAUAGUUACCAAGAAUGUAAGAAAUUGACUUAAAAUAAAAAAUUAUAGUAAUUGGUAGAAUCAGAUAUUAUGUAGAUGAGCAAGUAUUUAAAUAUCAUUAAUUUGCAAUGUGAGCUCUAUAUUUAAGAUUUAAUUCUAAAAGAAUAUGAUGUCAGUUUUUUAAAAUAAUAUAUUUCCAUUUACUCUUAACCAAAUCAAUUAUUCAAAAAAGCGCUUAGUUUAGUUAUGGAGGAUAUAAUUAAUAAAAAUUUGACAAAAGAAUUAUAACUUAAUGAUGAAUUAGAUAAGUCAGACAUUAAAGCAUUAAACUAUAUUUUGAUAUCAAAUUAAAUGAAAUAAGACAAGUGCUAUGAUUAUAAAGGAUUGCAAUAAUAUAUCCAAUAGUAAAUUCAAGUAAUAUAAUUAUGA